GCCAAUACCUCACCCACGCAGCUCCGAAGCUGUCCCUUUCUGCUCCAUCACCAACCCACGACACAACGGUAUCGACCCGACCCGGCCCCAUCACCAAUCAUCCCUCACGCUUUGACGAUAGAAACGGCGAAUUGUAUCUUUGACGAAUACCUACCUUUAAUAUCCUCUCCCAUCCCACACACACCCCGCCACCAUGUCGACCCUCGAAGAGCUCGACGACCUCGAUCGUCAGGACAAGAACGACAAGAGAGAUGAGGGCGACAAGGACAAGAAGGACAAGAAGCCCACUAACGAUGGCGAUGCCGCAAUGGAGGAUGCCGAGAAGGAGGAGGACAUCCUUGACGACGAGAUCCUGAACCUCAGCACGCAGGACAUCCAGACACGCAAACGGCUCCUCGAGAACGACUCCAGAAUCAUGCGCAGCGAGCUGCAACGGUUGACGCACGAGAAGGCGACUAUGGGAGAAAAGAUCAAGGAGAAUCACGACAAGAUUGCUAACAACCGGCAAUUACCCUACCUUGUGGGCAACGUCGUCGAACUCCUCGAUCUCGACCCUACUGCCGAGUCAUUGGAGGAGGGUGCCAACAUCGACCUGGAUGCCACCCGCGUGGGCAAGUCCGCAGUCAUCAAGACCUCCACAAGACAAACCAUCUUCCUCCCGUUGAUCGGUCUGGUCGACCCCACCACCCUGAAGCCUGGCGAUCUUAUCGGUGUCAACAAGGACUCCUACCUCAUUCUCGACACACUCCCGGCCGAGUAUGACAGCAGAGUGAAGGCCAUGGAAGUCGAUGAGAAGCCGACAGAGAAGUACACGGACGUUGGUGGUCUCGACAAGCAGAUCGAGGAGCUGGUCGAGGCCAUCGUCUGGCCCAUGAAGGAGGCGGAGCGGUUCAAGAAGAUCGGUAUCAAGGCGCCAAAGGGUGCCCUGAUGUACGGACCCCCUGGUACCGGAAAGACGUUGCUGGCCCGAGCCUGUGCAGCACAAACCGACGCUACAUUCCUCAAGCUUGCAGGCCCUCAGUUGGUCCAGAUGUUCAUCGGAGAUGGUGCUAAGCUUGUGCGCGACUGCUUCGCCCUGGCCAAGGAGAAGGCUCCGGCGAUUAUCUUCAUUGACGAGUUGGAUGCCGUCGGUACGAAGCGUUUCGACAGCGAGAAGAGUGGUGACAGAGAAGUGCAGCGAACUAUGCUGGAGCUUCUGAACCAGCUUGACGGUUUCGCAUCAGACGAUCGCAUCAAGGUGCUGGCCGCAACCAACCGUGUGGAUGUUUUGGAUCCUGCGCUGCUUCGUUCAGGUCGUCUCGACCGAAAGAUCGAGUUCCCCUUGCCGAACGAGGAAGCGCGUGCGCAGAUUCUUAAGAUUCAUUCUAGAAAGAUGAGAGUCGACCCCGCCGUCAACUGGGGUGAGCUGGCUCGCAGCACGGAUGAGUUUGGUGGUGCCAUGCUCAAGGCCGUCUGUGUGGAGGCCGGUAUGAUUGCUCUGCGUAUGGGCAAGAACAAGAUUAGCCACGAGCAUUACGUGGAUGCCAUUGCCGAGGUGCAGGCCAAGAAGAAGGACACGGUCAACUUCUACGCUUAAUCCAUUCACGUGUUGGGUGAUGCCGCUGGGUAUCUGGGGUUAUUGCUUCUGGCGGGAACGGGAAUGCAUAGAGGAGUCGAAUGCGAUAGACAACAACUUUGUACGAUUACCACGGACACUCAAGCGGCCCUAUAGGAAUGGA